AUGCCUGAAAAGGGACGUUUCGCAAGUGCCACAGAUGAACAAUUGAAAGAUGUCAAGUGGUUGAGGGCCCAUUUCAAAGAACUUCAACAAGCCCAGGAAAGACUCGAUAUUGCAGAGAAAACCAUCCUUGAACUACAGACGUCAGUCAAAGAGCUUUCUGAAAGCUCUUCCGAAUCACUCUCUUGUUCAAGAACAAUUCAACCCUCUAGCAACGAAAAAUCCGAAACGUUCGCAACAGAACUACAUUCCGAAGUCAAGAUGUCCUCCGCCGCCGAACAUUUCCAAGGUCAGCCCACUGAAAAUGCGCGGGAGAAAAGCGAACGCCAGAAAGUGUCGGACGUAAAGCAAUGCCUACAAAAUAGUCUUAGAAGAGAAGACGAGAAAGUAGCCAAAAUGACAGCGAGAGACGAGCGAACUGGCUCUAGCUCUGGCUUCAAAAUGCCAACAAAUAUCUCAAGAUCAAAAGAGCCCGACGCUAAAUUAAUUGCUUUUUAG